AUGCUCUCCACCGCCGUCCGCAGGCUCUUGGGCGUCCGCUUCAGCACGGCGGACGAAGGGGCUAGCGAAGUCACUGACGACGGUACGGAUGGUAUGCUGCCGGACCCGGCCGAACUCGGCAAUAUACUUCCGGUCCGCCACAACGAGUUCCUCGGUCUCGGCAACCAGGCGCUCGAGGACAAGGUUGAUGACGUGCUGGCCACGGCGCUCGGGGCGCCGUCGUCGCCCGCCGUGGGACGCUCUGCUCCCGUCGUCCGACGCGCCGGGCCGUGCGACGCCUACAGCGAGGCCUGCCGGCCCGUGAUCCAGGCCAACGCGUGCUUCGCCGCCUACAUCGUGUUCGGCACAAAGGAGCAGGUGCUGCAGUGCGUCGACGUCAACGACCUGGCCAAGGCCGAGGAGGCGAUCUGCGCCUGCUACGGCUGCGCCGAGCAGGCGGUCCAGGAUUGGGCCGUCGAGACCCUGGGCUGCGAGGCUCCGUCAGAUUAA